AUGACAUUCCAUCUUGGGUGGACAAUUUUAUGGUAUAAUCAAGCGUAUUUAGAAGUUUGGGCGACAGUAUUUCAAGACGAGAUGCAUAAGUAUUCUCUUCAUCCUCAAUCCCGCGAUGCUAAAACAAAGUUUUGUUGUUGCAUUCCAUUUAAGUAG